CGAUAACGUCGAGAGCGUACACACAUUUACAGUGAAAGAGUGACCAAAAAAUAUGUAAGAUUUAUAGAGCACAAGGGAAAAACAUUUUGUCGAUAUUGAGUUGUGAUUCGGAUUUUUGUGUAAAAAAAAAUUCAAACGGUGUAAAAAGAAAAAGAAAUGAAUAAAAGAUGAAUUAUCACAUUUAAUUCGUUGUGUUGACAUUCGGAUUAUUGUUAUAUUUUUGUUUAACUCCAUCAUAACAAACUAAAAAUCGUAAUCGAUUGCCGAAUGAUAUACAUUUGAUAUUUGUGCGAGUUCUUGACAUUUUUUUUGUGUUAUUUUUCGUUGCUUUACAAUUUUAUGUUAAAUUUCUUUACGUUGAAUACGCUUUAAUUGCGUUUGUGUGUGCCGGCAACACAAAAUAAAGAGCGAACAGCACCUAAAAAAAUAUACACGCCGAGAGAAAAGUGAUAUUGAGAAAAGAGUUAAGUACGCGAAGGGGGCCACGAAAAAGGCAGUGAAUUUCAGUUUUCGAGGCAUUUGUCGAAACUUUCUGAUUCGGAAGUGAUCGACUAAACUUUUCAUAAGACAACUCUAACAUAUUGCAUCUCUUGAAGUGAGACUACACAUUAAAAAAUGGAUAAUGAACCGAAUGAAAAUGAGUCUGAAGUUGUUGAGUCAUGUGAAGAUAUCAAUGAAAAUGGAUGUGAUGAUGAACAAACCGAAGACGACGUGAACGAGUCAGAAGACAAGGACGAAACAGAGGAUAAGGAUGAAUUAGAGGAUAAAGAUGACGAUCAAAAUCAAUCGGAACAAUUAAAUGUGAUCGAAAAUAAAACAGACGAAGAGUGUAUGUCGCCGAAGCCAUCAAUAGAGCCAUCCGUUGAUGAUGCACCAAGUGAUGAACCCGACCAAUUUGCUGUGAUUGAUUCAGAUAAUCCAUCGGAAAAUAGUCCACAAAAAAGUCAAGGUGCCGCUUGUACAAUAUCAUCGCCAUCCGAAACGGAACCGGACGAAUUAGAAAAUGAUAAAAGUUGGAAUCAAUUGAAUGAAAGUAGUCCGACGAAGAGUUUAUCCGAAGUGGCAAUCAUAUCAUCACCAUCGGAAGAAUCGCAAAUUGAGAAAAAUUGGGACCAACCGGCAAACGAAAGCCUCUACGAUGAUGAUUCAAUGGACGAAGAACCAGAGUCGGAUGACGAUGAAAAUGACUAUAUUAAUCGAUCGAGUCCAAAACUGUUAUUCCAAAAGCAACGGGAACGUGCACGGGCACGGCCACGAACGGACGAUUGUCAAGUAUUUGAAUUGACCGAUGAUAAUUCGAGCGGUGAUGAUGGCCAAUCCGAAGUUGAUGACGACAUUGAAGGUGAAGAGGAAGAAGAAUCAGAUUCAAGCUAUGUUCAAAAUAUCGAUGACAGUGAUGAGGAACCGUAUAUAGCAGAGCGAAACAUUCAAAACGUUCGUCAAAUUCAAUCAUCACAUAGUGCCAAGAACGAUAUUAAACAAUCAAUCAAAUCGUAUGACAAUGAACGCAGCUUUGAUGAAGAUGCUAAAUUCGAAAAACAUUCAGCGAUUGGAAUCAAUAGCAGUAGCAACAAUAAUCGUAAACGAUGUUAUCUAAAACAAAUGCUUCAAAAGCAGAGUGCCUCAAAACUACAGCGUUAUUUGUCUAUUAAAAAGAGCAUUAAAUGUUUGAAUAAGGACAAAUCAACGAUGCGGGAUAAUCGAGGAAAUCGAAUGGUGGAAGUAUUGAAUAGUGGCAUCGAUACAGGAAGUUCAUCGAGUCUCGUUUCAAAAUCAACACCAGUUGAUGCAUCUGUUUUAAAAGAACGGAAUAUCAAUGAGACCGGCGAUUCGAUGGCCAAAGGACCGACAGACCGUAAGGUCGACAAUGAACGUGAAGGCAAAUUGAAUGCUCAAAAUACCAGUGAAUUGAUGAUUAAACGAAGCAUAAGCCAACAAAGUGGGAAUGAUUUAAUGAUAAAUCUUGAUUUGGAUGAACUUGACUACGAUGAAAAAUGUGCCAAAGCAUUGACCUCUGAAGGUGACAACGACGACAGUCAAAAUGCACUUAGCAUGGAUGUCGAUGAACCAAGUGAAAAUCUGUACGUUACCAAUAAUAAUACACGAAGAUCUGGAUCAAUUGUUAAAACGGACGACGACAUCGAUGAUCCGGUUACAAUUGAAAGUGAAGAUGAAUCGAAAAGCAAUGCGCCACAUGAAAGCACAAUUGUUGUAAAUGGCAUCAAUAAGGGUAGUUCAUCGACAGACGACGGUGAUGAUAAGGAGAUGAAAACGAUUGAUGAUAACAAAACUAAAACCACAAACAAAUCAAAUAAACGGAAAAUUUCUAUUUCGUCAGACGAUGAGCAAGCUCCACCCGCUAAGAACCCACGAAAUGAAGUCGAAGAAAAUUUCUCAAAACAUGAUAAAAUGAUGCGCCGAAUGAUUGAAUCAUCAACUUCGGCCAAUAAAAAUGAUCCGGACAAUUUGCAACGUGACAUUGAUCAGUUAACCAAUGAAAUUGAGGCACUCGACGAAGCAGCACGCACCAAAGAAAUCGAAUGGAAUAACAUAUUGUAUUUGAAGAAAAUGAAAGAAGAUAUGCUGUUGCGAUUGGAUCGCAAGAAAAAGGUUAUCGAAAUUAUGGCCACCAAGUCAAUUGACAAUCCAGAAAGUUUGUUCCUCAACAGCACCGCUUUUGACUGUUUGAACGAGCUGAAUGCCAGCGAAUCAAGAAAAUCGGGAACAGGUGGCAUUGGUCCAGCCACAUCCUUUAUUAUGUCACGAUGCAACAUGAAAAGUAUUGAUUUAGCCAAAGAAAAGUCUAACUUGAACGAAUUACACAGCAUUGUGUUCCCCAGAAAUAUUCAGCCGAAAUCCACACAAUCGCUGCGAACGAAUGCAUCAUCAGCGUAUGCCAAUGUUGUUACCUCAAUACCAAAAUCGUCACCGGCCAUUCAAGCGCAGCAGCAACAGCAAACAUUCUUAUCGCAACGAUUCCGCGAGAAUGGCCAAAGUCUCCUUAAUUCGACCAAUCAACUUGAACAAUCGACAAGUAAAUUGCAAAUUGGACGACAAGGUCAAAUUAAAGAUGUACAAUCAAUUAUUGCAAACUUUCGACAAACACAUCCAGAGGUGGUGCCUCGACGCGGUCGUCGUAUGAAAAACAUCAACCAGAAUCUAUAUGGAAAUGAACAGGGCAGUAAUUCAGCGGUUGAUAAUAAUGAUGCUCUGGUAGCAGAUUUAUUAGCAAAACGGAACAAUGACAUCAGCUCACCGCCAUCAUCAAACGAUUCCACAUACAGUAAUUCACAAGUACUGCUAUCGAAACCCGGUGCAUCCAAUCAGUAUGGCUCCAUUGCAGCAGGCAAUUUCAAGCAAGCAUUUAAUGAAAAUAAUAUUGGCAGUGCAUUAAAUUUGAAGAAUAACAGUCUUCUCACUAGUACGCCGUUAUUCAAGAACCAAAAUAGUGGAAUCGGUUACCCAGAAGUCACAUUACAUCCAAUUGGACAGUCAAACCAUGCGGCACUUUUACAAAAGAACAAUAACGAUCAUCUAUCCGAUGCUCACACCAAUUCGCUAUUGCAUGGCAUCCUAACAAAGAGCUCCAAGUUGAAGGGAACAUCAACAGUUACAACUGGCAUGACAUCGACAAACACAAAUACAGCUGGUUUCAAUAAUGCAUUUUCACCGACGUUAGCUCGACUUCUGACCGCUCCAGAACGAAACUUUGCGCUUAGCUCUGCGUUAUCGUCGAACAAUGUUGGCAACAACGCCAACAACAACAACAACAAUAACAACAAUUUCUUUUCAAAUCAAUCGGCGGGAAUCAAUCUAACCAAACCAAGUAAUUCGAGAUCACAGCAAGAUUCAAACAAGCCGGAAAUCUCAUGUCUACCCAUCUCACAAAUUUUAGCAUUUCAACAACAGCAACAGCAGCAGCCGCAGAACAAUUCGCUACUGCAACAACAAUUGCAACGCUAUCAACGUGAUAUGAACAAAUUCUUACCAAAGAAUAAUGUUCUAUUCAAUUUGGUAUGUGGACUUUUGGAUGAUGAAGCGGACGAUAGUGAUCGUUUGGUGAUUGACGAAGAACAGUAUUCAAAUAGCGAACUGAUCAGUGGAGCAUCGGCGAAAAAUGACGACUCGCAUGAAAAUGAAUUGCCAGAGUGUCAAGGGUGCAAAAAGCGUGAGGCCCAAUUCGUGUGUGCGGAUUGCCAACGACAGUGGUACUGCAGCCGCGAGUGUCAGGUGAUGGCUUGGGACAGUCACAGUGAAGUAUGUACGCGAUAAAUAUCCUUUCUCGGUUCAUGCAACAAAUACACACAACACCCACACACACACAAAAAAUCACAGAAUUUUAUAGCAUCCAUAUUAUUACGUUUUAAUUGUCUGAGUUGAAAACACAAUAACAGAAUGAUUGUCCGAUUGUCCUUGUGUUCAACAUUUGGAAUAAAAGUUUUAAUGAUUCACAACAAAAGAAAACCUACACAAUUAGUAUAUACCAACGAAGUGAAAUAUAAAAAAAAAUAUUUUGUACAAAAGAUGGAAGAAAUGCAUACAAAAAAAAACUUAUUAAAAAAAUACAAUGACGUAGAAAAAUCAAAAUAAA